UUACAACGGGCGUGACGUGUCCAGGUGGUAUGGUCGCGGAGAAGUGUACGUGUGACCGAAGGUGCUACGGGGCUGAGUUCAAGGGAGGCAGGUGUAAAGUGUACGGACCACAGGGGGCAGUGCGGCCAAAGACAACCUGUCGAACUGGUGACGGGGACCAUAUAAUUAUGUUUGAUGUAGAAGGCAGUGGUAUGAUAAAGUGUCCACCUGGGUCCAAUCUCACAGGCUGCACCUUCAGGGACAGAGGUUACUACCCAUCACCAUCAUCCAAGUUCAUGACGGACACCGGAGAAGCAACCCUGAUACGGUACAACACUGGCACUUGUAGUCUACUGCAUAACUGUCAGUCAUGUACACUCCAGGCCAGGUGUAAGAAGUUUGAGUGUGGAUGUCAAAAUGGUGGCCAUUGCCACAGGGUCACUGGAGAGUGUGUCUGUACCACUGGGUACUAUGGUGACAAGUGUGAAAACUUUGAUUACUGCGGUUACUAUGAAAAACACAACAAUGUAACUGCGUGUGGGGCCGGAGGGAUAUGCAGCGCGGUUCCACAGGAUGAAAUCAAGGCUUACGGAGGGGACAAUGCUGGAGACACCUGCAUAUUCCCUUUUCAAUAUGGCAUCAAUUCUUAUGGAUCAUGUGUUGAAACAAACGCAGUUGGCCCUCCAUUUGCAUGUGGGACCAAGUUUGACGGUCAAAGAGAUGGGUAUAUAGACUUAGGAAUGUGGGGCCCCGGGGCCCAGUACACCAUUGCUGCAUGGGUGAGGCCAGACGUGGCUGACGGGACAAGGCGUACUAUUGUUGGUGGGGUUGGAGGUUGUAGAGACUUCGGAUUGUAUCAGUUUGAGAAUUUCUGGGCGUACUAUCGAGGACAGGGAUCGCAAAGCCACUGUACACGAGGCUUGUCGGCUGUGGACCAUAUACAAACGGGCCAGUGGUAUCUUAUAGCUUCCAUCAAAAAUGCAACCCAUGUCACAAUUUAUGUCAAUGGAAAGCUGAAAUCUAUACGGGCCAGUCCCAAUUCCCUACCUACAACUGGAGGAUUGUGGAUAGGUGGCGAGGAGUGUUGUGAACAAGGCAGAUUCAAGGGCCUGAUCAAGACAGUCAAAAUUUGGAAGAGGGCACUGGACCCAGUUCAUCUGAAACGGAGCAUGGAAACAUUUGGUACAGCUAACACGACUACUGAAGCUCUGAAAGAUGGCCUGGUCGGACAUUGGGAGUUGGGAGAGGUGAUUCAGCCACCGUGUAUGGGUGUAGAUCAUGGCGGAGAGGACUGGAUCCUUGAUCGAUCUAGUAUCAUGCUAAUCUCAGGUAGCCAUUGUAACAUCAGUCAGUUCACAGUACCAAAAAACAUAAAUGCAUACGUCAAACCCUGGGAUGGCACAACAGGAGGAACACUAAAGAUUCAAGCCAAGAACAUCCUGAUUGCUGGCACAUUGAGCGCCAAUGCUGCAGGAUAUAGAGGUGGAUCUAGGCCAAGGGCGGGGGCUACGGGCCAGCAAGGGGAGUCCUACCCAGGUUUAGGUAAGACAAGUACCCAGGACAACAGAGGAGGUGGAGGAGGAGGACUGGGAGGAUCCGGUCAGUCUGACCAUCGCGGCGAACCUGGGGGAGGGGCAGGAUACGGCAGUGGAGCAUCAUAUAUAAACAGGCUAACGAGCAAAAAUAGUAAUGGAUUCGGAGGUUCAGGCCAAAUGUAUGGGGACAGCGCGCUCAGUGACCUUUUCAUGGGGUCAGGUGGCGGCAGUGGGGGCAGCUCUACAAACCUCACCGUCAACCCUGCCGGUGGUAAGGGCGGCAAUGGUGGAGGUGCCAUCAGUCUAAAGGCGGAGCUAAGUGUAAAGAUCACUGGAAAAGUCAUAGCCACUGGCGAACGUGGACAGGGUGACAUUUCAGCCGGUUGGUGUCCACGUCCGUGCACCUCGACACAGGUAGGAAGUUUAACGUGCUCCAGUCAAAAUGCAACAGCAUGCUGGGACGAAUCUGGCCCAGGGGGCGGGGGAAGUGGGGGAAGUAUCCUUAUAUCAGCCAAGACCAUCUCCAUCGGUUUACCGGGUCGAUGGAAGUUAGAUGUGUCAGGAGGUAAUGGAGGUUACGCCCCUGUCAGUAAUGCUGGUGGGGUAGGUGGCAGUGGGCGUGUCCGUUUAGAGUAUGUCACCUACACGGGCGAUGAGCGGUAUACCAGAAAAACCUCUGCAAUCUACACGACUGCCACACUACAGAACGAGUACCCGGAUCACAGUCAAGCUGGCCAGCAGUCGAUUAACUUAGCAACUACCCAGUACGGUAACGAGGUGCUCCGUGGCUGCUUUGUAGACAACACAACCUACAGAAUGUUAUCAGUAGCAGCCGGUCUAACCAAUGCCCAGAAACAGAGUUUGACCCAAGAGAAGUGUAUUUCUUUAUGCAGACAAAAGGGCUACAAAUACUCCGGCACUGAAUACCACAACGAGUGUUACUGUGACAACCACCUGAAAAUGCAACUAAAGAGACCAGACGGCGAAUGUAACACCGCCUGUACUGGAGAUAAUACACAGAUGUGUGGGGGUACUUAUCGAAUCCUGGUGUUUGGCCCGCCCCCAAGUAGUCCCGCUAUCGGCCAUUCUGGUGCCGUGUCCAAGUGUGAGCCCUGGUGUGUCACUGCAGAACAGUACUCAACCACUCCUAAGUGGGGUCAAUGUUCCCUGUCCACCGAAUUCGUCACGUCCUGGCAAAUACACUGCGACUGUCCUGCAGGGUUCACUGGCGUCGGCUGUGCUCAGGUUUGUGCAGAGUGGACCUGGGGCAGUGCCUGCAGGGGAAACUGUUCGUGUAAUAGGAACAACUCUUUAUCCUGUCUAUCCCAGACCGGCCAGUGUCAGUGUAAACCAGGUUACUACGGCCAGCAGUGUCAAUCACCCUGUCCUGAGGGUCAUUUUGGACCCAAUUGUUUGAACACAUGUAACUGUACCGGUGCAACUGAUUGUGACAAGGCUACAGGAAAGUGCAUGUGUCAACCAGGUUGGUACGGCCACAGCUGUAGCUUCCCUUGUCCGCCGGGGGUUUGGGGCCGAAACUGUUCGACAGCCUGCGACUGUAACCAAGGAGGAUCGUGUAAUCCAGUUGAUGGAACGUGUGAAUGUGAUCCCGGAUAUAAGUUACCUUUUUGCGCGGACAAAUGUGACCCUGGGCAGUAUGGACCAAACUGUAUUUUCGUUUGUGACUGUAAUGGUCAGGGCUGUGAUCCUGUUUCUGGUGUGUGUGACUGCGACAGCGGCUUCACUGGUCACAGAUGUGAUCAGUCCUGUCCCUACAAUACUUAUGGGAAACAGUGUCGACAGAACUGUCAAUGUUUAGUUGACUUUGACUGUGACCAUAAGACCGGUGCCUGUCUGUGUGGGCCUGGCUAUCUUGGAGCCUACUGUGAACAACCAUGUCCACAGGGGACGUUCGGCGUGACCUGUAGGGAAAAGUGUAUCUGUCAGAUGAACCAAACAGACAAAUGUGAAACGGAGACAGGACUUUGUACCUGUAAACCAGGGUUCCUAGGCGACGACUGUAAAAUGUCCUGUCCAGUCGGAUUUUUCGGGCCGGGCUGUACAUCUACAUGUAACUGCCAUAAUGAGGCCCACUGCGAUCGGGUAACUGGUGUAUGUACAUGUCAUCCAGGCUGGACAGGAGCAGGAUGCGAGAGCAGCUGUCCGGAACCUUUCUAUGGCAACUGUUCAACUAGGUGUCCGGGGUGUAUGAAUGGAUUCUGUGACAAAGGCACCGGCCAAUGUCGUGCAUGUUCUGGAACCUCUUGUGCCUGUUCAGAAGGUUUCUAUGGUGAUAGAUGUCGAAAUGAAUGCGCCUGUUUUCAUGGACACUGUUCUAGUAAUGGCCAGUGUGUAUGUAGUCCUGGCUGGCAGGGGAGUCAGUGUGACCAGCAAUGUCCUACAGACCACUACGGGUCAGGCUGUAACCAGACAUGUCAAUGUGAUCAUGGCAAGUGUCAUCAGGAGAUCGGCACCUGCCUCUGUGAUCCUGGAUACAAAGGCAACCGCUGUGAUCAACCCUGUUCUAACACAACAUACGGGUCGAAUUGCCGGCGUGAGUGUUUGGGUUGUGUAAAGUUUUCCACGGGUACGUGUGACUCAAUCACAGGUCACUGUCAUUGUCAGCCGGGUUAUGGUGGUAUUGUUUGUACCCAGCCCUGUCCUACAGGAAAGUUUGGUGUCAACUGCUCUCAGGCAUGUGCAUGUGAAAGAGGAACUUGUCGACAGACAGAUGGAUUUUGCUAUUGUCCUGAUGGAUGGACUGGUGCAAAAUGUAACCAAAAGUGCCCCACGGGUACAUGGGGAUAUAACUGUUCCAAUAGCUGUGACUGUGGGCUCCAUAGUAACGGCUGCGAUCCUAUCUCUGGGCUGUGCAAAUGUAAGCCUGGAUUUGCUGGAGUUCACUGCACGGAAAGUUGUAAAACUGGGUUUUAUGGCCAGGAGUGUGCAACUCCUUGUCGAUGUAAUACCUUUGGAUAUAGUAUGUGUAGUCCUCUAGAUGGAUCCUGUCAGUGCCGACUUGGCUACACAGGCGACUUCUGUGAUCGAGUGUGUGACCCAGGAAACUGGGGUCUUGACUGUAAGAUGAAUUGUGAGUGUAGUAACCAUGGUAACUGCAAUCCAUUUACUGGCGCAUGUGAUUGUCUACCGGGGUACAACGGUACCAACUGUCAGUAUUCUUGUCCUAACACCACAUACGGUAAGAACUGUGGCCAGUUUUGUAACUGUAACGGAGGGGCUUGUGAUCCUAGAACUGGUCUAUGUUCUUGUCCUCCAGGCAAAAAGGGUCAUCAUUGUGAGCUAGUUUGUGAGUCUACCCACUUUGGUUUUGACUGUGCCCAGCCCUGCAUUUGCCACAAUGAAGGUGUGUGUAACCCUGUCAAUGGGGACUGCCAUUGCCAACCAGGCUGGUCAGGGGUGCGGUGCGACCAAGAAUGUCCGGAAGGUCAGUUUGGUGUCGACUGUGCCCAGUCGUGCCCGCCAUGCCAGAACGACGGGUCAUGUGACAGUGUCACUGGUCGGUGCACUUGCGCAGCCGGAUUUAUGGGCCCACUGUGUAAUGAGACAUGUACACCUGGAGUAUGGGGUAGUGAUUGUUCCAACAAGUGUCCUCUAGCCUGUUCUCUCACGUGCUUCACCACUACGGGCAUGUGUACCUGUCUUCCGAGCACCUGUCUAAAUGGAGGCACAUGUAAUGAAAAGGGCUUGUGCUCGUGUGUUCCUGGUUUUUAUGGCAGUGACUGUUCCCAGACGACAAAACCCCAAUGGUCUGGCUCUGUGUCCGCCCACACGGCGAUCCGAUCAUCAAAUUCUGGGGGCGUAUACCUGAGUAAGGGAUCAAUGGCUGGUCUUGUCCUGGGUCUUAUCAUCAUGGCCCUAAUUGCUGUGACAGCAGUUUUUCUUCUGAUGCGCAAAAAAUAUACUGGCCAGUUUAUUAAAGGACCGGGCGGUGUUGCACAAACUGGCUUUUCCCCAGAGGUCAAAGAUGAAACAACUGAUGGUGCUGCAGGUUUCUCAAAUCCUCUUCACUUUGCUGAAUUUUCCACACCAAAGUCCGAUCCCGACCUGUCUCAGAAAGAUAGUGCAGCAUAAUGAAAACACUCAUCAUAGAAUAAUACUGCAAAUUCAUUACGUUAUCAUCUCGGUAGCAUCGCUAUUAUCUAUCAUUCUCGUUACCUAGUGAUAUUCUCAUACAUACGUUUGUGAAAUAGGCCAUGCCCUUAAUAAGGGUCCAUUGUUAUUACUGUUUAAGGUGAGUGUUUGCAAAGUUUAAGCCAAAACACUGAUAUAAGUUCAGUUUAAUGUGUGUACCGCUACAACAGUUAAAACUGUGUUGUAAUGUUGGGUUGCCGUCGACCAAUAUUGUGUGACCACUACGCACGUUAAAUCUAGCUAGUAGGUUUGUGCAGAUUGCCAUGAGACAAAGUCUCGUGACGCUUCACAAGUUAAAUAAAGGAAAUUAUAUUGUGCAUUACGUCAGCCAAUGUAACGUUCUGUUAUUAAAGAGAAUUAGAUAUGAUUUUAUAUAAAAUACAAUAGGUGAACAUGAAAAAUAGCUUUGUAAUGUUUUAGUGAUGUUAUUUGAGCCUUGUUGCUACAAUGUACUUCGUCAUACUGUUGAGAUACGUCCUUUAUCCUAUAGGACGCGCUUACUGCCAAAGCACAUUUGUACACAUUUAUUGAUCAAUGCCAGAUAAACAAACGCUUGAAUCAUAAUCAAAUAUGUCAUUCAAAGCAUGGUUGAUCAAUACUCUACCAUUUUAGUUGGAAUUUGAAAUUAAGAGGUCAGGUUAUUUAUAUCUAGAAGGUAUGAAAAGCAUCGUGACAUGUUGCACUUGUUACAAUAAUACAAACAAUAUGGUGUGGCCAUUAAUUGCCUGCAUUAUUAUGGUUUGGUUCUCACUGAGGUAAAUGUAAUUGUUUGGAGAGGAACAAUUGUUCUAGUGACUCGGAAUAUGUUCUGUUAUAUUUUCUUUGCACACGAGUACAACGUUAAUGAUGUCUAGACAAAUAUCUUUACAAAACAGACAAAUAAGUAUUUCUCCCUGUGGAAUUUUACCAAAAAAGAAUUAAAACGAGGUAAUAUCCCUAAUACAAAAGUAUAGUUUUCUUUCUUUCUUUCUACAAAUAGAUAGAACUAGAAAUGUAGAAAAUAUCAUCGUUAUUCCUUAUAUGGGAAGUGACAGAUAAACUUAUAAUUUCGACGGACACCGUGUGUCUAACUCUACUGUUUGCUACGUUAAAUUUGAUUAAAAACACACCAAGUUCUCUGUACUACACACAGUAAAAGGUGAACUCAUGGCUUGACAGCAGGUAGCAUGGUAGCUCAACAUAGGGUCACCAAGUGGCUCUAACGGCUCUGCUUCAGGGAAAACUAGUUUUUACUAUUUUCACUGUUUAGAAAUGUUAUUAUCGAAUGAUGAAAGCAAUUGUUUUCAUUUUACGCUGAUUAUCCAUGUACGUAUAACUUGUCUUUCCAUAGUGCAAUGUUUCAUAAUUACUCAGUGUUAUUAUUAAAAGUCUAUUAUGCUAUAAGAAAAAAUGUCGAUAUCAUUUUUUUGUAGAAAUACAUGUAAAUUGUCAUAGUAUGUGUUUUGUAUCGCAUGUGAAAUACUGUAAAGAGAAUAAUGAGCAUACAAAUGAUAUGUGGGUAACUAUUCAAGUCUGUGAAUAGCUUACCUUCCUAAAAAAAGUAACUAGUCACAGACUUGAAUUAGUAAUCUUCCUCCAAGCAUAUAACUUUUCAACUCGGUGGAUAGCUAAGCUUCCUCUAGAAAGUGUCUAUUCAACUCUGUGAAUAGAUACAUACAAAUAGCUAGCCUUCCUUCAAAAACGAAAUUAUCUGUGACUUUCUAUGUCUUUACAUUUUAACUUGCUCAUUUUGAUUUAGAACAAAGAUUGUCAAAGUAUUA